AUGCUGCCGCUGCGGCGCUGCCCAGCGCGGCACGGACUGCGCGGCCGGCCCGGAGACAAGGAUGCGGCAGAUCCGGCUUCCUGGAGGAGGGGCCGCCGCCCGGGCAGGGCAGGGCAGGGCAGGGCCCCGCUCCGCCGCCGCAGGUGCAGAGGGGCUGGGCCAGGAGACGCCGAGCCUCGGCCGCGCUGCGCAGCUCCGUGGAGGCUCCUCGCAGCUCCGUACAGCAGGCGCCGGGCGGCGGCCCGGGAGCGACGCGCCCGGCAGGGAUCCCCGCGCAGGGCCGCGCCCGCCCGCUCCCUUGGCGGCUCCCCGGUGGCCCCCGCCCUCCCGCCUCGACGCUGCACCACCGGCGCAGUCUCGGGCCGGGACAGCUCCCGCUGCGGGGCGAGGCGCCUUAGGGCGGGGCGGCGGGACCGGGGCGCAUCAUGUCAGGCUGCCCGGGCCGGGCUGACAGCGCGGCGGCCCCGGCCCCGUGCCCGCACUGCGCCCGCCGGCCGCGCGGGGGCGCGCUCCCGCCGGGCCGGGCAGUGCCCGCGCCGCGGGCCCCGGAAGGCGCCGCGCAGGCCCCGCACCGUGUCCGCCGGGACCAUGGCCGGGCUGGCCCGCACGCUCGGCAUCUUCAGCGCCUUCGUGGCCGUGGUGGGAGCCGCCUUUUACCCCAUUUAUUUCCGGCCGCUGCUGCUGCCGGAGGAGUACAAGAAAGAACAGUCAAUAAACCGAGCUGGUAUUGUUCAAGAGAGUAUUCAGCCUGCAGCAAGCUGCUAAGGAUUCAGACCAACUUGAUGGAAAUAUACCUUUGACAGAUGACAGCAGGAUUUCAUGAGUGAUUUCUGUCUCAAGACGACUGCCCCUUCUCCACAGCCAGCAAGUAGCAAUAGCAUUUUAAAAGAAGGAUGUCAGAGAGCAGCUUGGUUUUCUCAGCUGUCAUCAUUAUUUGUUUCUCUCCUGGCCAAACCACCAGAAGCAGGUUAAGGAUGAUACAAACUAGCAACAAAUCAUGGGGUGGAGGACUGAGCAUGUGACAAUGCUCAGGCUAUGGUGCAAACAUUCGAGCUACGUUUCGAAAGCCUGGAUUUGUGUUCAGCAGAGUUCAUGAGUGAAAAAUAAAAGUCUCUGACGAUAACAAUCAACAACAUCAAUCUCAUUAGUGUCUGCUCUUCAGAGAAGAGGCUGGAGUGGAUCCCGUCAAGCUGUGAUUUGGUUCAGUGCACUGGGGAAGGUUCCUAGAAGCAUUACCCCAGCUUCUUUACACUGUGCACUGAAGGGAAAAAAACAACAUUUGGCAAUUUGUUGUCAAUAUUUGUAUAACUCCUGAUGCCACUAAAACUGCAUAUGUAGGCUUUAAACUAACAAAAACAAAGCCAUGGCCAAGCUGGAGGGCUGGAUUUGUUUCCAUGCACAAUUAGGUUUAUUUGUUUAGGUCUCAUUUUAUUUGCUUUCAGAUGACUCAGAUAGGAGUAUUGCAAUCCUUUCAAAGUGGUGUUCUGUGUAUUUUUGGCAUUGGGCUUAGCCAAAUGUGGAAAGAAUUGGCUGCUCAAUAGUAUUUUCUUAUCCAGAGGUUUUUUCAAACUUUUGAGAGGAACUGAAGGAAUGUCCCUUCCAUGCCAGGCUUUCCCCCCUUCCCCUUCACAGCGUCUCUCCGUAUUAUUGUUAAAGAGCACAGGAAUUUUAAAACACUCCUCUGUUGUGCAACUGUUAGCAACUGCUCUUAUUAAUUGCUUUACCAUUAUGCUGCAUAUUUAAAUUCUCACUGGUGUCAUCCAUAACAUGCUGCUGUGAGUGUCUUUUAACCCAUUCCAAUAGAAUAUAUCAGUGGGGCCUUGCUCAGAAUCUCCCAUCCUGCUAGGCCAGCUCUGGGCUUGCUGAAAAUGAUUUCCUGCAGACAUGAAGGGAUAUGUACAUUUUGGCAAGUAGCCAAGUUUUCUGUUGGGAAUUAGUCACUAAGGGCAGAUUAUUUUCCAGUGGACAUACUGGUAUGCUAUCAGUUAAGAGAAUUGUCUUAAAUCUCAGCACCAUGUUGUUUCUUUUAUUCCCCAGCUCCCCAAAAUAUAAAAGAAAACAAAAAAGCUGCAUUUUUUUUGUCUCUUCUGUGUUAUAUGUGUAGGAAGCAAUGGCUUUUAAUUACUGCUUUAGGCACCACUGUAUUUUUGGGAGAUUUUUUCCCUUUGUUUUCUUCUGAUAAUUUUGCUUCUAGAAAUACUCCCUCAGAUGAU